AUGGGUUUCUUUCGUCACCUCUUCGACAAGCGCAAAGUGCAGAGCGAGCCUGAUUCCUCGAGCGACAACAAGAAGUCACACCACGACACUGGUGCUAGCGUGCUCUUCGACGGGACUUCUGGCGAGAAGGAGGGCGGAGUCGACAUCAUAUUUGUCCACGGUUUGCGAGGAUCGCCCAUAAGAACAUGGUCCGAAGGAAACGUAUGCUGGCCCCGAGACCUCUUGAAAGAGGACAUACCAAACGCAAGAGUCAUCACAUGGGGUUACGAUUCCGGUGUUGCGAGGCCAUUCCGAUACACCAGUCUCGAGAGCGUUUACGGACAUGCCGAGACGCUGCUGGGAGAUAUCUCCUCUUUGCGCCAGGAUACAACCAGGCCCAUCGUCUUCGUCGCCCAUAGCCUUGGGGGUCUUGUUGUGAAGGAUGCCCUGAUCACAGCAUCUUCAUAUCACAGCAACAGUCGGCAUACGAGCCUCGGAAGAGUCUUUCCGGACACAAAGGGGAUACUGUUCUUUGGCACACCCCACCGGGGUUCUUCCAAGGAGUCGCUUGGUGAGAUUGUUGCCUCCAUCUCGAAGCUGUGCCUCCAUAAGCCCAACCAGCAACUUCUCCGUACGCUCCGAGAAGACUCGCAUAUACUCGAGCGGCAGCGUAACGAAUUCACCACGAUAUCCCAGGGAAUCUCGGUCAUUUGCGUGCGAGAAGAGUUACCUACGGCUAUUGGUAUGCUGACACCGGAGAAGAUUGUUCCAAGGGAGUCGGCGACAUACGACGGAUACAACGUUCGGCGGAGCUCAAUCCACUCUGACCACAUGGGCAUGGUCAGAUUUGAGAAUCGCGAAGACUCGAGAUACCAAAGAGCUAUUGGUCUGCUGGCCGAGCUCGCAGCAACGGGCUCACAAAGCAACAAGGAGGCAAAUAGCAAAGGCGGCCACACAGACAGUGCCAUACUAGAUGCCCUCUUUUUCGAAGGGCUAACGACAAGGGAAGACAACAUUGAAGAUGCCCAUGACGAAACAUUUCAGUGGCUUCUCUCAAACACUCCAACUGAUGGCGACGAAAAGAAGCCCACAUUUGUCACCUGGAUCAACUCUCAACAAAAUCUGCUGUGGGUCAGCGGAAAGGCAGCCUCGGGGAAAUCCACCUUGAUGAAAUUCAUCGACAGGUCCCAGUCAGGAACGAUCAACGAAUGUCUCGCUAGUCAAGGCGUUGAACCAAUCAUCGUCAGGUUCUUCUUUUUUGACCGCGGGAGCGACCUACAGAAGUCUAGAGAGGGGGUGCUUCGGAGUAUCCUUUUCCAGAUUCUAUCUGCCGACAGAUCACUUCUCGAAGGGGCUACUCGGUCUCCAAAAUCUCUGAUGGUUGACAGAUCCGGCGGUGUUGCAAAUGUACCUGGCUAUGGCACACUCAAUUGGGACACCCUGAGGCACAUGUUCGACCGGGUCAUCCAGGCGGCAGAGGAACGAGGUCGAGCGAUAUUUCUACUCCUAGACGGACUGGAUGAAUAUCGCGUCAUGGAUCGCCUGCAAGAAUAUUCUGAGGAAGACUUCGACCUAAUGUAUGACGGCGAAGAUAACGACGCUGCUUGGGGGACGAGCGCGUGGAUCACCGCCGGCCACCGCGAGAUAGGGCUCUGGAUCAAAAAGUUUCGAGGCCUGAACAGCAUCAAGGUGUGCUUUUCCAGCAGAGAACUCUCUGUAUUUGAAACGCUGUUCCAAGGCGUCCCGAGGAUCCAGGUACACGAGCAUACUGCGAAUGACAUAUCCCGGGUUUGUCGAGACAGACUCGCAACGGAAGCACCAGGCCUUACGGACUCGGACUCUAUUGUGGACGAGAUUACAUCAAAUGCACGCGGUGUAUUCCUUUGGGAGAAGCUCGUGCUGGAUCGGAUUAUUGAAGGCUACAUCAACGGGGACACAAGUGAAGAACUCAAGUCGACCCUGCGUUCACUACCAAAACGCCUUGGGGGUCCGAACGGUCUGUACAUGACGAUGUUGAGAAGAGUGAGCAAGGAUUAUCAAGAAGAAUCAUCAGUAUUAUUCGACCUAGUCCUGGGGGUUGACAGAGUUCUUCACAUCGCAGAGCUCUUCAUGGCCUCUGAUCGAUAUAUGUCGGCUGCCCAAGCGCGAGAAGACCUCCCGGUGCAUCAAUGGAAGUCUCUGGGCGAUUUCGAGGCAUACUGCAAGUCCAAGUCUCGUAGAUUGAAAAGCCGCUGCGGUGGUCUUCUCGAAGCUGACUACGCCGUUACCUUCAUGCAUCAGACAGCAAAGGAGUUCAUAUCACGCGACUAUAUCUGGAGGGCGGUAUUUGGACAAGCCCGCGGGAAUGACUCACUUGCUACGCAUUCAGCACUGGUGAGGGGCUCAACACAUCUGGUCAAGUCCUUGUCCAGUAUUGAACUCCCAGCUGAUUUCCCGGAGGGCUGGAACACUACCCACCGACCAGUGGUCCAGAUACGAUCUAUCAUGAACACAUUGACUCUGGUUGACAGGGGCACUGAAGACCCAUGCGUCUAUGCAGACCUCGUCGACAAUUUCAAGAGGGCUUGCGAUUUGUUACCGAGUGCCAUCAGAACCUGCUUUACUGAUCUGGUCUUUGACGGUUCUGACGUUCCAAAAGCCGACUCUCUUUGGUUCGAUUUAGUUCUUCCGCGUGACAUUGUUCCGCGAUGCAAAGACUUUAACAGCUUUGCGGCACAGUAUGGCCUUUCAAGAUACCUCGACCAUAAGCUUUCAGCAAUGUCAAACCACCAGCGGGGCGAAGAAACGCAACGGCUUCUUGAGUUGUCGUUUAUGGUUCACCGCGCACCUGGAGCGGAUGGUUUCAUAAUGAAUGUCGACAUGCCAGUAGCGACAAUGCUUUUCUCCCAAGGUGCAUCACUGAAUCCGUCAUGCAGACUUCCAUGGGCCGCCGCAAUUGGUUUGACCAGGCAAGCUAGUGCCUGGGUAGACCUGAUAGAAGCUGGCUAUGGAAGAUUUGUGCAUGAGACAGACCUUGUGCCACGACUUCACUCUGUCGGAGCUGUAUCUGAGAUAGGUCUCCUCUGGCGAGAGGGCUAUCCUAAUUGGCUGCACCUCGUGCUCCUUAUGCUGAGCCACGGAGCCCAAGUUGAUAUCAUGGCGAGUGUUACCUUUGAGGCGGACAUUUCUAGUACUUCCGAAUCUGGUGGGACGGUGGAGCUCGUACAAGUGACGGUGGCUUCAAUCAUUGAAUCAAUUAUCGAGCUGCGUUCUUGGGAUCAGGCUGAUGCCGUCAACCUGGUGAAAGAGAUUCACAAGCACACUCGGCGAAACGGGAAACCAGAACUCAUAAGAUUUCAUAAAUCGAAGGACAAGAGACAGUCCUUCCAGGGCAGCGAUGACAGCGGCAGUGGCAGCUAG